AUGGCGAAUGCAAACGAAGAAGACAAGUUGGGUGGAACAGCUCUUGUGCUUACUUUAGAGCAAGGAUCAUCUGGUCUUAUAAAGCUGCUCCAAAAAUUUCAGGAAUUGAACAUUCAGGUCAGUCACCUAGAAACUCGACUGAGUAAGGGGCAAGCAGCUACUGGUUCUACAGGCAAACUGGCUCUGGAUGUUUUGAUUCACACGGAAUCAAAAUUUGAGUCAGCCGAAUCUCUUUUGCAGGAUUUGGAGACUUCCUGCGGGUGCAAGCGCAUUCCAGUUCCUAGUCUCAAGGAUGUGGAAGUGGUUCCAUGGUUCCCGCAGCGAAUCGAGGAACUGGACAUUAUUUCAAACCAUGUGUUGAUGUAUGGCACAGAACUCGAUGCCGAUCACCCGCGCAUUUAUAAGAUAUUGUUUAAAUCACAUUUUAGCGGAGAUCUUAUCCCCCGAAUCGAAUAUACAGCCACAGAAAAGAAAACUUGGGGUGUAGUCUACCGUGAACUGACAAAGCUUUACGAACGAUAUGCAUGCAAGGAGUUUUUGGAAAAUCUUCCUCUGCUGCAGAAGUACGCUGGAUAUAGGGAGGAGGAGUUGCCGCAGCUGGAAGAUGUUUCAAAAUUUCUCAAGUGUAAGUCUCUAUACCUGUGUACUUAA